GGUGGCAAAAGUGACAGUGAGAAGUUAGAUUCAAGAGGAAAUGGAAGAGAAGUGGAAGACAACAGCUCUGCUUGUCAUAGACAUGCAGAAAGAUUUUAUUCUUCCAAAUAAAUUCCAGCUGCUACCUGGAGGCCAAGCUAUUAUCCCCAAUGUUAUUAAAGCAGUUGAAAUUGCAAGGCAGCGUGGCAUUUUUAUAGUUUGGGUUGUUAGAGAACAUGACCCAAUUGGAAGAGAUGUGGAACUCUACCGCUUGCACUUGUAUGGUAAAGACAAAGAAACAACACCAGUUAAGAAGGGCAGUGUUGGUGCAGAACUAGUUGAUGGCUUAGAGAUCCAAGAAGGUGACUUCAAGCUUGUUAAGACUCGUUUCAGUUCCUUCUUUGGUACCAAUCUUCAUUCAGUACUUCAAAGGGUUGGCAUCGACAGCUUAGUUGUGACAGGAAUUCAAACACCAAACUGUGUCAGGGCCACAGUGUUCGAAGCAGUGGAAUUGGACUACCCAUCUAUAUCAAUCAUUACUGAUGCCACAACAGCUUUUACAUCAGAAAUACAUGCUGCUAAUCUUUUGGACAUGAAAAAUAUUGGAGUUGCAACACCAACACUGAAGCAGUGGUGCGAGUCCAGUCCAUAA